ACUUUGGUCAAAUAUUUUAUGUCGAACAGGGAUAUGGGUAGCAAACGCGAUUGUCGUGUUUACAUCGGUAAUCUACCACCAGAUAUUAGGCAACGAGAUUUGGAGGAUCUUUUUUAUAAAUAUGGUCAUAUUAAUUUUAUCGAUGUUAAAUUGACUCGUGGUGCACCAUUUGCUUUUAUUGAAUUUGAUGAUCCACGCGAUGCAAGAGAUGCGAUACGUGGUCGUGAUGGAUACGAGAUGGAUGGAUGUCGCAUUAGAGUUGAAUUAACGAGAGGUGUUGGACCACGUGGGCCAGGUGGCCGUCCAUUAUACGGCCGCGAUGAUCGUGAUCGUGAUCGUCGCCCACCACCCCGUGGACCACCAAUGCGAAGGAGUGGUCAUCGUGUCGUCGUGUCUGGACUCCCCCCAACGGGUUCUUGGCAGGAUCUGAAGGAUCAUAUGAGAGAAGCAGGUGAUAUAUGUUAUGCUGAUGUUUUCAAAGAUGGGACUGGUGUCGUUGAAUAUACUCGCUAUGAAGAUAUGAAAUAUGCUAUAAAAAAACUUGAUGAUACUAAGUUCAAAUCACACGAGGGUGAUACAUCGUACAUCAGAGUAAGAGAAGCAAAUUCACGUAGCCGUUCCCGAUCAAAAACUCGCAGCAGAUCACGAUCGCCGCAUUAUGGAUCUCCUCGUUACAGCCCUAGACGAUCAGCAUCCCACACGCCUUCGGACAAGCGUUCUGCUUCGCCUCCACAUUCAUCUCACUCUCAAUCUCCAGCAUAA